CCCGCUCCCUAGUUGGCGGCGAGCUCUUGCGUCGAGUGGUGGUGUGAGGACCAAAUUAUUCGAAAACGGUGAAAAAAGUAAACCAAAAAUCAGCCAAGGCGACAGCAUUAUACGUCGAGGCGGGUCCCCGCGGGGUCGGGGCCGCGGGUCCUUCUCAAUGUCGCCAUCCAACAUUGUGCGCUUCAAGGAAAAGCAGGUCUCAUUCGAUCUCAGUCAAAACACCACUGCCAACUAUGAGACGUCGUCAGAGUCAUCGGACGGCGUGGAGGACCCGUUCCCGCAGGACCUGGGCCCCAUCCCGCCCGCCAGUCCGGAGCGCGAGCUGACGCUGUGUCCGCUGACCGGGCGCCGCCUGGCGCGCGCCGAGAACGAGCCCACGCCGCCACCGACGCCCUCGCCACCUGCCACCCCGCCGCCUGCCACCCCGCCACCUGCCACCCCGCCGCCCCUCGACCAGGAGACCAUGCUGAUGAAGGUGGAGAUGUCACCAGGAGGAACUACAGGCAUGUUGGUACAAGGUGAUGGGCCUCAGCCAUCACUCCCGGUGCUUACAGAUGAAGAUGGAACCGAGGUUAAAGUUGAAGCCAGUGCAGUCAAGCAGUUGUUGGAAGAGGGUGUCGGUGUUGAUGAGGGUGAGGAAGUGAGUCUUUUGCACGCUGGACAUACACCCAUCAUGAUCCGGGGAGAAGAUGGGGUGCUGUACCAGGUGGCUGGUGAGAACGAAGCAGGACAGACAUUGUUGGUUGCUGCAGAGGGUGUUGAGGGAGCCGUAGAGGGUACUGUAGACGGAGAGGGGGAGGGAGUCAUGUAUGUCACGAGGGAGGACGGACAGACACUGUUAGUGUCUACUCAAGGCGUGCAAGACGAUGUGGAGGGUGUAGAAGGCGUAGCGGAGGGUGAAGCGGAAGGUGUCACGUAUGUUACAAGAGAAGAUGGUCAGGACGUCCUUACGAUAGACCCGUCGCAACUGGCGCAGCUGAUGCCGGGCGUGGAGGGCGCCGAGGGCGAGACCAUAGAGACGGGCGCGCUGCAGCAGGUGUGCGUGCAGGUGGAGGGCGAGCCCGGCGAGGACGCCACGCAGGUCAUCGCGCAGCUGGUGCAGGCAGACCUGCCGUCACCGGGUGGCACGCGGCGGGUAGUGCUACUGCUGCCUGACGGGAGUCUGACGAUGACGGAGCUGGACAAAGACCAGUACGAGUCCAUCACAGAGGGAGGGAAGGGCCUGGAGUGAGAGAGCGGCCGCCGGCCAGCAGAGUGAUAGACUGAAAUUAUUGAUAUGAUCCAUGUGUCGGGCGUGGUUUACGGGAGUUAUUAGCAAUAGAUAGGUUGAAUGUAUUUUAAUACCAAUAAAACUGGCUGGAACCGCCUAGCGCGCUGUUUGGACGAUACAACACGGAUACUUAAAACAAAGUUAGUUCAGUUUGUUGUUGUCGGAAGAAAACCUGUUCACUUGCCAUCAGAUGUCUUCCUUUAAACCCAAGAAAAAAUAUGUAACGAUCUUCCUUCCGUGAUGUGUUCAGGUCAAAUUUAUAUCGCGUCGUAAAAUACACCCAGUGUAACAGUUGGUUUGUAAUUGUAUAAUUCGCUAGAAAACUGGUGCACUAACAGCCGUUUUCAAUAACGUAUCUCUAGUUACGGAUACAUUGCUAUCACCGUUUAAUGACAGGAUCUUAUCUGUCCAUAGUUAUGUCCAAUAUAGUUACAGUCCAAGGUAGGUUAUUGAAAUUUAAGUAAGCGUAAAAGGAUAGAUUUGUUCUACCUCUAGUAAGUUAAACUAAGGAUAGAUAGGUUAUUGAAAACGACCGUAAGAUACGUAAUACGGCUAUACACAAGGCAGUAAACAUUGUUUCCAAUUUUGAGCUAAGUAUCUCCCAGAGACCCACUCUUAUGGCACAUAUUUCUAUCAAAAACUGGCAAGGUUGCCAGAGAACUUGGCACCAGAAUGGUGUUCAUUACGUUUUCUCUCGGUUGCAGAUUACAACAAAGAUUUUUGUCGCGUAUCUGUUAUGAUAAAAUGUUUCUCGUAACAACAUUUAGUAUAAGAAAAUGACUCAAAUUAGCGGUAAAUUAAUGAGAGUAAUCAUUUUGGGGUUGUUAGAAUUUUAUUAAUGAAACAACAUAAUAUAAUUAUGUAUGGCGUGAGUUGUAAACCAAUUGAUAGAUUUUGUGAGUAUUUGACGAAAUUUUCGGCCAGGUCUUAAUUAUUAUAUUAGUAUAAUAUAUAGGUAGAUCUAAAGUAUCACUGAAAUGACUCAAAUUUGCUGUUUUCAUAAAUAGAAUAGAAUCUUAAAUAAUAGCUUGUCUUCAUUCUUAGAUAAUUUAUACGUCUCGAUAGAGUAUCUUGCUGUUAGACAACCGAUAAAAACAGGCCAGGAAUAUUAGUUUAGUGUGCGUGACAAGCUACGUCUUACACUCGCGAUUUGUAUGAGACACUUUGUGUUAGUGGGCGUGCUUUGCUCAAAAUAGAGGUUAACUGUCAACCUCAAUUUUUAUCGACGUUCUCACAGCUGUCUUUCUAGGCGUAUAAAUGGUCUAAGUCUUAAUUAUACAUUAUAUUAAGUAUAGCAUUGUAUGUUCAGAGUAGGGAGUCAAAACUACAGAUAUCGAAAUACCAAGUACCGCGGGAUUUGCGUCCACAACACACAGACAGAUGUACAAUCGUAGCAUUAGUUACUUACUAAUAUCAUUUCAAUUAGUUGUUUCUGAUAGGGAAACUAAUAUCAUUUUUAAUUAGUUGUUUCUGAUAGGGAGAUUAGUAAUGCAUGCACUUCCGCGGUCUCAUUAAUAAACACAGUGUAAAGUUACUCUCAAGUUUAAAGUAACCUCUCCCUGUAGUUAUGUUCGGACGAUCAUAAAAGGUCUUUUUAAAAAUUAUUAUUUAUUAUACAAAUAACUAACUACAAUUAUAUUAAAACAUGUGUUACUUAAAACAAGUCUGAAGCGAAAGUGAAUUAUAAAAAUAUUAAAUUAUAGACAAUCGAAGUUCAGCGUCAGCAUCUAUUCACUUGUUCAAUAUAGUAAUAGCUUUUGUAUUACUUUGAAUAAAAUAGAAUUUAGUGAACCAUUAAAAUUAAACAAUAUUAUAAUGAAUUAUAUCUCUUAUAGAAUCUCUAACUAUGUUAUUAAUAAACGCUUUGUAAAGUUACACCAAGUUUAAAAUUACUUCCCUCUUUAUGCAAUUCUGUAGUGACAAAGGUAAGAUAAAUACUUAACUUGGAAUAACUUUACUUUGAGUUUAUUAAUAAAACAGUAUGAAUAUUAGAAUCCCUCCUACCUUUGUCACUACAGAAUUACAUGACAGGGUGAACUAAUUUUAAACUUGGAGUAACUUUGCGCUACGUUUAUUAAUAACACAGCUAGACACAGGUUCUAUAAGAGAAAUAAUUCAUUAUAAAAUUGAUUCAUUUUAAUGGUUAAUUAAAUUCUGCUUUGUUUAAAGUAAUACAAAAGGUAUUAUUACACAUACAGGUACUCAAUGGAUUCUCAUCACUGACACUUGCAUUGCGGUUAUAGAGGUUACAAAGUAUAUUUGCGAGGUUGGAUGUCCUAGUCUCCGAUUAUUUAGUGCAUUUAUUUAGUAAGGGAAGGAUAAAAAUGAAUAUUUUCUGUUUGUUUAGAAAAUAAUUAUUAUUAUCAGUGAUAAAUUAAAUUAGAGGGAAGUUAACUUUCACGCAAGUGUUCAGUAUGCGAGAUAUUAUAUACUUUUAAGUUUGUAAUGAAUUGUUAUAUUAUUAAUCAAUUACAGGGUGCUUUUUAUCACGUCUGGGAAAAGAUAUGGAACAAUUAACCGGAGUAGAAAAACACUGGUAUAAAUAAAUAAUCUUAUUAUUUCGCUGCUCUCAUCACGACUUAACUCCACGCCGAGUCUCGCGCCAGUCAGCUGUUUCCAAAUGAGGUGUAAUAAUUUUAUGAAAAUAUUCGGAUAUUUGAAAGAAUUAAAAUUUUAUGGCGCUAAUAGGCCUUGUAUUGAAGCGAAAGCGCUCUUUUGAGCUAAUAAAACACCUAAGUAAAACAAUCACUACAAUGUAAGUCUUAGUACUCAAAAUUAAAUAGCAUAUACUCUAUCUCAAAAAAGAUGGAAUUAAAAUCACCCUGUACGAGCAUAUUCAGGAGUUUUUGAAAAUGGCUUUAUAUUAAGAAUGUCGAAAGACUCAUAAAAUAAUAUAUCUCUCCACAAUUACGAUCCUUCUCCUCGAGUUUCGUCAGUUAAUUUGAAAUAAUAUUCUAUCUUUAACUGUGAUCACGUCAACUGUGAUAUACCGUCGAUAUUUAAACCCCCUUAUUCAUAAUAGACUGUUAACUUAAGUUAGAAGCGAGUGAGAAUUAGCAAUGCUUCAAAGCAUUGCUAAUUCUCACUCUGUCUUCUUCUAUUGACCUAAGUCAUAAUGAGAAAAAACACUCCUAAGCGGCUGUUUAAAGUUAGCGGACCAUUAUGAAUAAGGGGGUAAGCCCAAGGGAAAGUUGACCGAGAAUAAAAAAACUCAUGUCGAAAAACUUCAAAUUUAAAUAAAAAUUGCUAGAAAAACGAAAGAAAAUACGAAGCUUAGUAGCAAACACUAAAAGACAGGCUUUAAAAUUAGUCGCAUUAUAAGACUUAAAAAUUCAUUCAAAAACGAAAUUGAAAGAUCAAUACAGAUAUUACUUGGCACAAUCCAAGUACUGAAUUAAUAUAAAAGAAAAGCUGAUUUAAUACUAUGUCUUACAUUUGAUAAAAUGAGCUUACGUGAAUUAAACAUAUACAGAAUGGAAUUUUAUUGAAUUAUGGACACACAAAAUCCCUUGAAAACAAAAUAAAAAUAAUAUUUUUAAUAAAUUCGACUAGAUUUCCGAUUACUAUUGUAACCUUUAAUUUGAAAAUAUGUUGUUGUACGAUUAUCAAUUAUUAACCAUCGAAAUUAGGGCUACUUGGGUUUUAAAUAAAUAUAUAAUCACUUUAAUGGAUAAGUUAACUCAAGACCACCUCGAAACAUUCAGUGCUGUAAGAUCUCGUAGUAGGUUUAACAAUAACCCGACACUUAAGUGUGGGUGGCAUAAUAGCUGGAACCGUUGACUCUCAUCGCAUUGCCCCCGUCCGACUAUUAUUACUCAUAGAAUUCAUAAUAUGUAUGUUUAUUCGAUGCUUUAUAAGGUAUGUCCGUUUGUCCUCCCAUGCCAUAAAAAAAAAAUUGUAUUACUCCAUAUUAUGGUACUCCUUUCAGCAUUCUGCAUUUCUCCAUGUAAGCUAUCAAUAUGCCAAAACUCACACUAUUCCGUGCUCGGCGAUAUUCAUAAAGUAAUCCAAAGUUUUCGCGUAUAACGUAUAUAUUAACAUAAUAUUAUAUUUAGUUCUGUUCAGUAUGAUUGUGUGAGGCCUGAUUCGACGUAUUUACUCUGCAUUUGUCUAUGAAUCGUAGUUGUGCUACAAUUGAUAUUAUGAUCCAUAUACGUUGAAGAAAGUGCGGACCCUUUCAGGUGCCACUUUAGGAACACUGGUACACCAUCCUCUGGUAUAAAUGAUAAUUCAGAAUCCCGCGGGAGCUUCCUCGGUUUACCCAAUUGUUCCCGUAUAUAUUUUCGCAAUGCAUCUCUCAUUUCAGAGAUAAAUAAAGAAAGACCAACUGCUGAUUUUACUAAUUACUUGAGAGGCCUCGUUCAAUGCCAUGCUACAUUUCAUAUUUUGAUAUUUGAUAAAGUAAUGCAAAAAAAGAAUAAUGAGAGACAUUCAUAUGACAUAUUUAUAGAAAAUGUUUUCUAGGUAAAAUUUAAAUUAUUCGAGAGAUAUACUUAUUACUCAGUUACGAAACUUGUAUCUUAUAAAAUAUCGCAGCAUAUGAACUAAAAAUAUGUAAUUGAUAUUUCAUAAUCUUCAUAUUUGGUCGAAUUGGGCCUCAAGUGAGUUUAGAUACACUCUGACUGUGUUUGUUAUUAAUAAACAAAAAAUAAAGUUAUUCCAAGUUUGAAAUUACUUCUCCCUGUCAUGUAAAUCUGUAGUGACAAACGUCAGAUAAGGACUUAAAGUUAAAAAUUUGGUAUAACUUUACUAAGCGUUUACUAAUCACACAGUGAAUGUUUAACUAAGUAAGGCUAAGGUUACAUGAAUAGAUUAUAGUUAAAAUGACACAAGAAAGUUAAUGCAACAUAUCUGUAAAUAUUAUUGGUCAUAGCAUCAUUGUAAAUAGAGAUUCGAACAUCUACGACAAAUAAUUUUUCUUGUGUUAAUAUUAUAAAAUAUGAAAACGAACAAUUUUGUAUUGUAAUUUUUAUGUGUGAAAUAAAUAGUUUAUUUACUUA